CAAAUAGAUGUACAAUAUGUCGUUUAUCCAGCUGCAUUCUUUACACUUGACAAACUUGACAGACACACAACUUUUGUGCCAAAGAUGUGAAAUUAAAAACAUAUGUACUGUAGUUAAAGAAAAUAGAACAAAUUAAUUUACAUGUCAAAGAAAUAAUCAAUAAAAAUGACGGCGCAAACAUGAAUGAGUCAUGGAAGAAAUCCUCGGAUAGUUUCCUUCACAAUACCACAGUAAGUCAUGUAUACAAAAAGUAUUUGCACCAACCCAUACUUCUGUAAAAGUUAUGGAGAAUGACCCAUUUCAGAACAACGUAUGACAGAAUAAUGAUUAAUGUGUUUUAAUGUUGCAUCUGGUAAAAGUUAGUCUUAUUGUCAUUCAAUACCCUCCCAGGUAGCAGGAGACUUUCACCUAAUCAAAGUCACAUUGUUAUCCAUAUAAUACACAAUAUAUUUACUAAUAAUAUUUAGUAUUAUUAAUCUGAAAAAUACCUGAAGUUAUCAAAUAAAUGUAAUGGAGUAAAAAGUACAUUGGCCUUCAGUACAAGUUCCUCAACAUUGUCCGUUCACUGCUUGGGUAAAGUUACCUUUACCAACAACCUGAUGAAAGCAUGUUGAUGCUACUAGAAAGGUGCGACUGCGUGCUGAACGUAAUCACGUUAACAGGAGACAGGUGUUGUGUCGUCGAGACACUGAAACAUGAACAGUCACUAAUCAACCCAGCAGCACCUGGCGUGUUACCCCGCGUCCUGCAGGUGGCGCUGGACUUUAACCAAUCCGGCUGCACAGGAAGUCCCGCAGCACCGGAGACAUGUCCGCUAGUUAGCUGCUAGUUAGCACGGCGGCCGAUAUCUUUCUCCCGAAAGCCAACACAUUCACCUUGAAGGCAGCAUUAGUCGGACGUUAAUGGUUGUCCGGGGUCGCGGUUCGUCACCAUCAGCGCCAUGUCGGACAAAAAGCGAAGAAGAGAGAAGGACGAGCGACGAGACCAGAAGAGGCACAAGUCAUCCAAACAGGAUUUGGAGAAACUCAAAACACAAACGAAAAAACUCAACCAGGAAGUCCAGCAGCUGAAACACGUCGAUACGUUCUAUGAGAAACCUCCGCCGGGACUCAUCAAGGAGCACGAGGACAAACCCGAGGACUGUAUCCCUGCUGAACCCGGAAAUGAAGAAGCCCGCAGCUUCCUGGCAAACGCCCCCACCAGGGGCCUGUGGAUGCCUCUGGGGAAGGAGGUGAAGGUGAUGCAGUGUUGGAGAUGUAAGAACUACGGCCACAGGACGGGAGACAAGGAGUGUCCGUUCUUCAUCAAAGGCAACCAGAAACUGGAGCAAUUCAGAGUGGCUCAUGAAGACCCGAUGUACGACAUCAUUCGGGAAAACAAAAGGAAUGAAAAAGAAACCAGGAUCCAACAGCUGCAGCAGAUGCUUCAAGACACCACUUCCUCCAGCUCAGACGGCUCCUCUUCCUCGUCCGACCACCAUCGCAGCAAGAAAAGGAAAAAGAGGAAGGACAAAAAGAAGAAAGACAAGAAGAGAAAAGGGAAACCAAAGCACAAGUCCUCCAAAACCACUGACUGCUCCGAUUCCGAUUGAGUGUUUGGAACAUGGACUACGUGCACACGACGUGCUGUCGACACAGGAAGAGGCUGACCGGAGGAGCAGCAAUGGUAGAUUAUUCGCCGUAGGGAAGUGUGUUCUGCAGAGUGUCUCAGUACUAAGACCUGUGUCAGCCUUUUCUCUGCCGGUUGAAACUGUAACACUCAGUCCGCUGCACGUGACUUCUCCCAGACGAUUAAUUCUCUCCAGGGUGACGACUCUCAUUUGCAUCCUCUCUGUUGGGUCGUACAACAACACGGAGCCAUUUGGCACCCCUGCUUCAGUAAGUUUGUGCAUAUGCGUGUCAAAAAGCAUCAGCUGCAUGUGUAAUGAAUCUUAAGUGAUACGAAUAAGCCCGCUGGUGUAAGAGAUAAUGGUCUUUAGCGGGGUCCAAUAAGAUGGCAUGUCGGCAAAUACAGCAUGUUAUUAAGAGAUUGUAUUUUCCACCAUAUUUUUGUACCCCGGCCACCACGCUGGUAUUAAAUUGUAGAGUGUGUUGAAGGCGGAGAGAUUGGGGGAGGGGGGAGCAUUAGUACAGUUAUAGUUUAUCUUCCACACAAGCCUGAAUGCUUGUGACUGUACAUACAUCUUUGAAAUGAUUUGAGGUUGGAAUAUGCUUAUUUGCUCUGGAAAAAAAAGCCACAGACAUGGGAAAGAAUGUAUGUGAAUGUGCUCCCUUAUUCUGAGAAUAAAGAGGUCUCUCUCUCCAAUGUUUACCCCGCUGAAAGCUGCAGCUACAAAAAUGUUAA